AACUUUAAACUGGUAAAUUUUUUCGGAUAAACUCUAAUUUAUUGUAGUUCGAACAUGUAGAUUUUACAUUGCAAGGACCGGGUGCGGUUAAAGACAGAUAAUCUCAGGCAUGUGUUCUAGAUAACAAUGGUCCCAUGACUUUGUUGUGAGGUUUUCAUCAAGAUCCCGAUUUUGUGGGGAAAACUUUUGUGGAACUGCGACCCUCGAGACAUGUCCGAGCAGGAUUUAGUCGUUAAAUGCAGUGCUGAUGUUUUGGUCAAUUAUGUUGAGUCGCUGCACGUCUACACGGGGCUGUUGACAGUGGCUACAGUUUGUGGUGGAUUGUCGGGAAUAUUAGCUGCUGCCCUUUUGUAUGUGUUCUGCCUGAAGACUUUAAUUUUCACCAGACAAGGGGACAAUGCAAGGAGGCUUCUUGAAUCUCAUGAUGGAGAAGUGGAAAACAACACCAGCGAUCAUGCGAGCAACGACAGAAAAGAGGCUCCGCCUGCCACAGCUAAUGACAAAGAGAAGAAGCAGGAACCCACGAAUAAUGACGUUGCAGCAUUUGCAUCAAGAGCAAAAGUGGUGUACCCCAUCAACCAAAAAUAUAGACCUUUAGCAGAUGGAGCAUCCAACCCGUCUCUUCAUGAAUGCUCCAAGUUGCCAACAAUGCCAAAGGACGAUUCAUCAUCCUCCUUCACAGAAGGAGAGUCCUUAAGCCAAGAGCUGGACAAUGAUGACGGCAGCCAGUUCAUCUCCUCCUCAUCAGUCCCCAAGAACCUGCAGAACCAGAGCUUUGUCAGGGUCUCCCACUACUCUUACACUCUGACGCAAACAGGUUUUGAAGCUAGGAUCAACCUCCAUUGUUUGGCCCUGAAGGAUGUACAACAGCUUUGCUCUCAACUUCUGGAAGAAAAAUAUUUAAUUUACCUUCAAAUGGUGAAAAAAAUAUUUUGCAGUCAUUUUCCAAGAGACAAAAAAGAUGCAGAGUUCACCAAGCGCCUUUUUCAAAUGCAGCAAAAGGAAGUGGAAGAGCUAAAGAAACAGCUGCCAACGGGCCAUGCUGUCAGCGAUGACAGUGUUGAUGCUCCUUGCACUUUGGAGGAAAUGGAAAGAUCCCAGAAAGAUUUUCUAGAAGGCAGCCUUCAAAUGUCUAAACGUUUCAGCAAAAUGGUGGAGGAGCUCUGCCAGCAUGUGAUGAAGAGAACCAGCAGUUUCACUGUGGAUGAAGCCCAUGAUUGUACACUCGCUCUCAACCAGACUCUUGUCUUGGUUGAGAAUCACCUCAUGAAAGCUCAAGAAGCGCAAAUUAUGCAAAUCCACCAGAAGCUCUUAUGGUGGGAGGAGCUGACAGGGCUUCUACAAUCCCAACCUGCCCUAGUCCAGCAGGAAGCGUCUCUGAGGCAGGACUUGAUGGCUACGGCACUGGAGCAGCUGAACGGCGAGAAUGUUUUGACUUUCAGCUGCAUGGAAACGAUACUUUCGCAAGUGCAACAUGCGCAUGCCGAAGGCCUUCGACAAUGCAGAGAGGAUUUCAUGAGGAGAACAAAGGAGUUGCUGGUUGAAAAGUGUAACAAAAUGGAGGCAAAGCGAAAAAAACUUUGGACGAGCCAGGACAAAGAGAGGAGUCGUUUGCUGGAGCUACGACAAACUCACGGUGACCCAGAGCAGCUGUCAAAGGAGUACCAAGAGAUAUUGUUAAAACAAAGGCAGAAGCUUUGCGAUCUGGAACUACAACAGGACGACCGGAUGGCUGAAAGCCUCUGCAACGUUUGGACAAAACUCCGCAGCACCUGGACAGAGAUGCUUGAAGAACGAGCCAAGGACAUCUUUUGCAUGUCCGUUACCACCCAGUGCAAGCUGUCUCACGAACGCUGUCAAGCGCUCUGGUUGGACGUAGAGCAACAGUUUGCCGCACAGCAGGAGCAGGUGGAGAGAACGACGGGACUCCAAAUGGACCAGAUACAGGCUCAAAUUGAACAAGAUCGGCAGGUCUGGACUGAGUCACUCGCUCUGAUGCAUGCCAGCCUCAAGGAUCUAAAGAACCAGCAGAUGGAAAUCCUGCGGGCCAUGGUGGUCAGUCAGAGCUACACACUUAACAGUCAUGUCGGGAAGUUGCUGGACAAGAAACAUGAGCAUCUGCUGGCAAGCGUGCAGCGCCACUUCAUGGCCAGACACUUUUGUCUGCACUUGCUCAAAGAGAUGAGGCUGUCCAAACUGAAGGUUCUGUCUCAGAGAGACUUUCGAGCUCUGCUGAUGCAGGACCCCGCCGCAAUCCCCUCGUGUGUUGAUUCAGCUCUCAAGGAGAGCAGUGCGAGCCUAGCAGAAAAGCAUCUGGAUCCAGAGAGUCAGCUGGUGAGCCACAGUUUCCAUCAGGAGUUCCUGUCUGAGCUGGAAACGGGGACGGAGAUUCUUAAAAAUCAUUCACAGUUGUUGCUCGGCAAUGCCCUCAGCUUCGCCGUCUUACAGUUAAUGGAAGGUCGGCUGUCUGAAUCACAAAGCUGCUCCAGGCAUGAUGACGCCUCGAAGCACCAUCUCACAGAGGCUGCUUCUGAGAGCGUAUACGUGACUAAAGAUUCUCUAACUGCUCUCGUCCAAACCUACUAUUCUAACUUGCAAGAUAUCGCUCAAAAACUACGGCCACAUCAGUCAAACACAAACCUUGAUGUGACUGAGGAAGACUCGAGUGGCAGUCAGUUGAACAAAGCUUUGCUGAGGGAACUGGAUAACUGGGGGAGGAAACCCGCCUCUGCUAAGUUUCAACAGAGGGUUGAAUUCCACAAAAGGAAGAUGUUAGAGCAGUGCAAUCUGGAACAGGAGAAGAAGUGUGAGGACCUGAGACGAAGAAAAGUAGCCCAGGACCAAAACUUUGAAAGGAUCAAUGAUCGACUGCAGAAGGCCGAAAGAAGCUUCAUGAGUGAUUUGGCAGCAUUGGCUCGGGUUUCCCUCCACAGUCCGGAUGCAGAAGACAGCGAUGAAGAUGACAACGCAGGGAAGUCCAUGUUCUCUGGGGAAGGGAUUACCUCGAUAAUGGACCUCCUUGCUCGGAACCCAGCCCUAGAUCCAGCCUUGAAUCCUUCACUGACUCCAACAGUUGUCACUCCAGCCACAUCAAAACCGACAAAAAAGAAAAAAAGACAGCAAGAAGCUCUUAACAGUUGAAUGCAAAUAUCUUUUUUUGAUACAUUUGGUACUAGAUAUAGUGUUUUAUAUAUUAAAAAAAAAAAAGAUAAACUAAUUUU